AUGGCCGAUGACGCUGAAAAUUUGUUAAACAAAACAUCAAGCAAUAAUGAACCUACAGUAUCUUUUUCUAAAAAUGAAUCAGCGAAACUAAAAUUCCCCGGUGAUAUUGAGAAUAAAAGCAACGAUGGAACAAUUAAUAUUGAACCAAAAUAUGCUACUAAGCUUAUAGGCGUAGUAUCGGAAAUGGAUCCAGCGAUACAUCGAAUAAGCUAUCGAGUUUAUCAACGUCGUUGGAUUGUUCUAGCAGUUGUCGCAUUAUUGAACAAUUCAAAUACAAUGUCAUGGAUUGCAUUUGCUUCUAUUUCUAAUUAUGUCGAUGUAUUCUAUGGAAUGAACAAAGCAGCGAAUUGGUUUUCAUUGGUUUUUAUAAUUUGUACGAUACCGAUAGGCUUAUUCGGCAUAUGGAUGAGUAGUUCGUUCGGUCUUCGAUUUGCUAUUCUCAUCGCAGCUUGGACAAACAGCAUCGGUGCUACCAUUCGUCUAAUCAGUUCAUUUUUGCCACUGCAAAUCCGCUUCCCAGUUGGGAUUUUUGGACAGGCAGUGGCUGCUUGUGCAUAUCCAUUUAUUAUGUUUCUUCCACCAAAAGUUGCGGGGUCAUGGUUUCCUGAAAAUCAAAGAGCGUUAGCAACAACCAUUGGAAUUAUGGCAAAUCCACUGGGGGUACUGAUGGCAAAUGUUCUCUCUCCACAAAUAGUUGAAGUUCCAGUGGAUGUAUUAAUAAUAAACAUAAUAACUUUCGUGCCUUGUUUGCUGGCUUGUUUGAUAGCAACUUUCUGUGUAACUCGUUCGGAACCACCAAUGCCACCGUCACAAAGUGCUGCUCAGCCACAGAUGCCAUUCUUUCUUGGAAUUAAACAAUGUUUUACCAAUAAAGCGUACUUACUGCUUUUGAUAGCGAUGGGUGGUGGUAUUGGCAUGUUUAAUUGUCUCUAUACCGUCAUACAGCAACUGUUUUGUGCGACAGGAUAUUCGAAUUCAUUUUCGGGACUUUGCGCUGCACUGAUGAUCAUUGGUGGAGUUUUCGGAGCUUCUGCCUCAGGCAUGUUUGUCGACCGAACCAAACUUUAUGAAGAAACCAUGAAAGUAUGCAUGUCUCUAGCUGUCAUUUUUGGUGUCGUAUUUUUACAGUUAUCUCUACAUUCUGAUCUCAUUAUUUGUCUUGUAAUCGUGGCUUUCCUGUUCGGUGUUUUUGGACUUGCAUCAUAUCCGGUUGGUUUGGAAUUAGCCUCCGAAUGUACUUUCCCGGUAUCUGAAACAACUUCAUCUGGCCUAGUAGUACUGUGUGGUCAGAUAUACUCAAUAAUCUUCGUAGCUAUAACGAAUUUAUUUGCUCGACCGUUACAACAAACAUAUAAAAAUAUUCAAGUCUGUACAGUUGAAGAUGAGAAAAAUUCUACAGCCGUACCACAAGAUAGUUCCAUUUCUAUUAUUGUAUUGUCAAUAAUAGCUACUCUACUAGCCGUUGUACUAGUGAUGUUUUUCAAACCAAUUUAUAAACGCAUGAAAGCGGAGAAAAAUAGUUCAUUAGUUACAAAUGGAAAAGAAACAAGCGAAAGUCGGCAACUAAACGAUUUGAAUCGAGUUAAAGAUGAAUCUCUGAUACCAUUAGCAGUGCAACAAAGUAGUACUUAA